AUGGCGGUCACGGCGUCCAACCCCGACCAAACCACCGGUAGUGACGACGCAUAUAAACCCCGAACUCUCAUUCUAUGCUUUGACGGAACGGCAGACCAGUAUGAUGGCUAUAACACAAAUGUGGUCAAGCUGUACGGUCUGUUGAAGAAGGACGAUUCCGAACAAUUAUGCUAUUACCAGCCUGGCGUUGGAACAUACAUCAACCCUGGGAUGGUGUCCCCUCUCUUCCAGUGGGCCGCCAAAAUACUGGACGAAGCUUUCGCUUGUUAUCUGGAUGCUCAUGUUCGGGAAGGCUAUGAAUUUCUCAUGCAGACAUAUCGACCGGGAGAUAAAAUUUGUAUUUUUGGUUUUUCUCGUGGAGCAUACACAGCCAGGGCACUUGCUGGAAUGCUUCACAAGAUUGGUCUUCUUCCUCGAGAGAACAUGGAACAAAUUCCAUUUGCAUACAAAUUAUACAAGAAGACCGAUUCCACCAGCCUUGAGCUCGCGGCUGGCUUUAAAGAAACCUUCUGUAGAACUGUGCACAUCGAAUUUGUCGGGGUCUGGGAAACAAUUGCGAGCGUCGGCCUCAUAGUAGGCCGAACGCUCCCAUUUGUCACUGCCAACACGACAGUGAAGACAUUUCGUCAGGCCUUAUCCCUGGACGAGCACCGCGCUCGCUUCAAACCCAAUUUGUAUCAUCGCAAUCCAUCAGCAGAUGGCACUGCCGCCUCCACGCGGAAAGGAACCGGUGACGGCGUUAGUGAUGCCAAAACCAAAGAGCGGUUUCCCAAAUUCAAGAUCUGGGAAUUUGGCAGGUCAGCAACCCAGGAGAAGUCUGCCAAGGCGAAGGCGAGGGCUGUCGAGGUGAAGGUGAAGGAGAAAUCUGACAAGACUGACGAGGCAGUAAAGAAAUUGACUUCCUGGCUUUCACGUGGCCGACAAAAACAGAAGACCAAGGGGAAAGAGACCGAUGAGGCUGUUGGGUUAGCAAAUCUCAUGACUGUCGUGGUCGAGAGCCAAGGUGACGCAGUUGAUGAAAUCAUCGUGAUGGACUCUCCAGACAGCAGCACAAACAAUGCAAUUGUCAAUACCGAUGUGCUCGAAGUUUGGUUCGCUGGCUGCCACUCUGAUGUUGGAGGGAGCGCUGUCUCGGAUUCGGUGAAGUCGAGCCUUUCAGACAUUACGCUCCGAUGGAUGGUGCGCGAGGUCGUGUUGGCGCAGUGCGGUAUUGCAUUCGACAGCGAAGCACUUGCGUCUGCGAACAUCCCAGAAGCUAUCUUCACUGUCGCCAACCCUUCAUGCCCCCCUACUACGGGCGAAGGCGGCGGAAGCACGGCUUCCCCUGAUCAGGCUCAGAGCCCAUCCGGUAGCUCAGAUGAACCGAUGAGCCAACCGCCGGAUCUCGCUGCGAUGGACAAAGUUGAUGCACUGCAGCCCCUCCAUGACGAGCUCGUAUCACAGCCGUUAUGGUGGCUGCUCGAGAUCGUUCCCCUGAAUUGUGCGUGGCAAGAUGCUGCACAUAAAUGGCACAGCACCUGGAGCAUCAACCUGGGUCGUGGUCGUAAGAUUUACGAGAAGAUUCCCCUGUUCCAUGUUACGGUGAAGGAGCGCAUGGAAGAUAAGACCUUGAAGUAUACUCCCAAGGCCAUCUGGACGCCAGGAACCGAAGUCUACGUUGUGUGA